GGCGGUUUUAUUUUGAAGGGUCCAGACCGGAAGUAUAGCUGACAGCGCUGUUCACGGAAGACAAGUGACCUGCAGCAGCAUAACGUUUCCCCAAAGAGAGGAGUUUAACACCGUGCAACUUCUCGCUGAUUAAGGGAGGGCGGUGAUACCAUGUGGUAGUCACAUGAACGUCAAGGAUGAGGCAUAAACAACAAGGGGGAGCCGCUGCACAGUGUCUGCUAUAGGAAAGGGGGUCUGCUGGUUGUAAAGGCCCUGCACAUGCAGCCCCCUGUGUGCCCCCUCUACUGAACAUAUGCAAUGAACAACAGCACCACUCAGCCCCCUGAAAUCUCUGAUGGGGAUGUGGCAGUCGGCUAUGUGUUGGUGCCAUUUUUCCUCAUCACCAUCAUUGGAAUAGCUGCAGCUGUGGUCAUGUAUAUCCGUAAGAGGAGAAGAGUUGACAGACUGCGGCAUCAGCUGUUGCCAGUUUACACAUAUGAUCCUUCAGAGGAGCUUAAUGAAGCCGAGCAAGAGAUUUUAUGGAGAGAAGAGGACACAAGGGUUGUGCAAAGCUGGGCUAGGAGUUAUCAACAGCGACGCCCUCUUCUGACCAAAGACGUCAAUGCAUGAUGGUGGGAAGCCAUGGCAUAGGAAAUUUUCACUGCAGAGAGACGACCAUCAGCCCCAGAGAUCAGUCAUUUCUGCAAUCAUGCACAACACUGUCUUUUUUUAAUGCUACAAUUUGCCUUUCUCUUCAAACUGGUUGCAUUUUUUUCCAUUACAUGUACAGACAGUGACUGUUAAUUUGUGUGGCUCUGAUGCCAAAUCUGUGUGCCUAACAGAUAAAGUAUCUUCAGUGUAUUUAUUUUGAAAUUAUUUAUUCCGUUUUUCUACUGAGAGAUCCAGUGGUAAGAGUCCGAAUAAAGAGGUAGACUUUUUGUGUUUACAGACACAGAUUGGUUCACAUGCACAAUCAUGGUGUUGUGAGUAACUUUCAUCAGGCAAUUAAGGUGCAGUAAGCUGCUGCAGUCAUUUGUACCAUCUUGGAUUUAGGUGUGUUCGCCACAGGGUAGGUAACGACUGUUCUGAAUUUCUAAAGAAAUCAUGACUUCUGUUGUGUGAGUUUGUGGCUGGAUAUUGCUUCAAUAGAUUUUUCUGUAUAAAUAUUUGCUGUGCAUUAGACGCAAACAUGACCGAGAUAGAAAUAGCUGUUAAAGUGAGGGUGGUGGGGGCGUGGUACAUUUUGCGUCAAGUUUCAUUUUGAGUCUAAAGUUUGAACUUUUGUUUUUAAUUUCCUCUCAGAGUUUAACAAGCUCUGCCACAACCCAGAUCUCUUUGUGGUUUUGCCAAAACCCUAUGACUCUCAUCUAUGGCAUGAAGAGUCAGAUAUGGAAGUAAAUAACACCAAGAUCCUCUCAUCCUCAGAAUGAGUCGUGACUAGUGCCCAAAAAAUGUCCUGUCUACAAGGCAUGGCACCAGCAGAUUUACCUCCAGCCUGAGAGGAAUUCCAUAGGUCUGACUGUAUCCAGCUCUCAGGAAACAUUGCUUUUUUUUUAGAUCAUGAAUUGCAACCUUCCGAAACCUUAGUUGGCCUUGCAAUUGUGAAUGUGAGUUAAUUACAAUAGAAAUGUUCUUGAAGGAGAACAUGUAUCGGUUGUGAAUAUGCAUUUAUUGAUGGACGGUUGAUGCCUCAACUUGAAAUGGAGCAUUUCAUCAGCUUCUACAUAGAUAUACUUUCUGUCAUCUCUUCAGGAUGUGAAGAACAUAGUUUCUCAUAGAUACAAUCUACUGGUUAUUCUCUAAGCACUGUUUCUUUAUUUCAUAAACUGGGGCUGGCACCACUGCAACUGAUGAAGAAUCCAAAUAUAUGCGACCCAUUGCACUGGUCUGAACACUGGAAGACUUCAUGAGAAGCUCUGAUUUCAGGUUGCACUUGAAAAAGUCAAAGAAGUCCUGAUGAAGAUGUGAGUUUGGCAGCACUGAUUUUCCUUUAGAUGGUUUGAAGAUGAAUUUGCUUUGAGAAAAUUAAAGGGUGAUGAAAAUAUUGAACAUGUAAAUAAAACAUUACAACUUUA